AUGAAAGAAGUGGGGAUAGUCCAUAAGCAAUGGAGGGGUCCUGUAUCAUCCACCUGCAAGCAGUGCCCAAUGGCCUAUUCCAGCCCCAUCUGUGGAUCAGAUGGACAUACCUACUCUUCUCAGUGCAAACUAGAAUAUCAGGCGUGUGUUUUAGGAAAACAGAUCUCAGUGAAAUGUGAAGGACGUUGCCCAUGUUCUUCAAAUAAGUCCACAAGUACAAGCAGAAAUGUUAAGAGAGCAUGCAGUGACCUGGAGUUCAGGGAAGUGGCGAACAGACUACGAGACUGGUUCAAGGCUCUUCAUGAAAGUGGAAGCCAAAACAAGAAAACAAAGACAUUACUGAGGCCUGAGAGAAGCA